CGCGGCCGGACGGGGCGCUCUGGCCCUUUAAGAGGCGCGGCCGCGCUCCUCCCGCCGACGGGGCCGCGGGGCCUUAAAGGGGCCGUUCCAGCCACUCCGCCCGCCCCGGGGCCGCGGGUUCGCGUCCCGCCCCGGCCGCUUCCGCCUCCCGCGCCGCUGCCAUGGCCUGCCGCCUCCAGAGCCUGUUCGGGGCCGAUGGGGACCUGGAGGAUGAGGAUUUCCUCUCGGCCGUGGAGGACGCCGAGAACCAGUUCGUGGUGUCCGGACACGGCCGCGGCGCCCCCGGCGCUCCGCCCCUGCAGCCCGGGCACGGCCCCGGCCCCCGCCCCGCGCUGCGGCCCCUCCCCGGGGGCUGCCGGAGCCCCCCAGCCCCGCAGGACGAGCCGGACAACGACCUCCUCCUGGCCGCCUGCGUGGAGCUGGAGGGCUCCGGGCUCUGGGAGCAGCCCCCCCAGGAACGGGAGACCCCCAACAAGCCGCGGGUGGGAGCGGGGCCGGACCUCCCGCCCGCCCCACAGGCAGCGCCCAGGCUGGUGCUGCGGCCCAGCGCGGCCGGUGCCUGCUCUGCCGCGACCCCCACCCCAGUGGGAAAGCCCUGGAGCUCCAUCCCCGCUCCCAGGGCUCCAUCCCUGACGCCUUUCCAAGCACCCCCACACCGGCCAGGAGCCAGCGGUUCCUCCCUGGAGCCGCAGGUGCUGCGGCCCCCCCCGGCACAGCCACCCCGGCAGCCCCCCAGGGUGCCCCCCAGCCCCGCGGUGCUGCAGACCCCGGUGGUCACCAACCACCUUGUGCAGUUGGUGACAGCAGCCAACAAAGCACCGGGGGCUGCCCCCCGGCCCCCAGCACAGGGCAAGACCCGCCGCUUCCCGGGGCCCGCCGGGAUCCUGCCCCAGCAGCACGGUGGGAAGCUGCUGGAGGAGAUCCUCAUUUCUGCUCCCCAAACCCCAUCUCAUGGGGCCAUGGCAAAGCCACGGACAGAGGGCCUGCCCAGCUCCUCGCUGCCCUCAGAGGAGGAUUUCGGGAAGGGCCCCUGGCUCGCCAUGAAAACGGAGCUGGAGCUGGAUGAGAGGGACCCCGGCUGCUUCCUCAGGACCUACAGCGUGGUCAUGGUGCUGCGGAAGGCAGCCUUGAAGCAGCUCCCCAAGAACAAGGUCCCCAGCAUGGCCGUGAUGAUCAAGACCCUCACCAGGACCAACGUUGAUGCUGGUGCCGUGUUCCGGGACCCAACUGGAGAGAUGCAGGGCACGGUGCACCGCCUGCUGCUGGAGGAGAGGCAGAGCGAGCUCCGGCCUGGCUCCGUGCUGCUCCUCAGGUGGGUGUCUUCUCCCCAUCUUACCGCAACCACUACCUCAACGUCACCCCCAACAACCUGCUCAAGAUCUACCCACCAGAGGCCGAGGGCAGCUUCUCGCAGCCAUCACCAGCACAGCAGGAGGACCCUGCUCGGGCCAGGCUCCUCCCAGCGCACCCCAUGGAGCCCCCCCAGGGUGUCCCUGCCCCUGGGCACUGGGGGGGACACUCGAGGACCCGCAGCCACAGCACAGAGCAGGCGCCUGGGCAAGAGGAGCCAGAGGGAGCUGAAGGCUGUGACAUGGAUGACCUGGAUGGGCUCCUGGGGGAGCUGCCGGAGGAUUUCUUCUCCUCUCCGGCCCAAGCUGACUGCUGCUGACGCCAGAGGCUGUGCCGGGGCCUGGGCUGUGCCAUGGUGAGGGUGCUGAGCGGGCGCUGCCCUGGCUGCUCCUCUCUCUGGGUGUUGUGUGUGGUCUGGAGUCGAGAGCUGCGGGUUCCCAGCUCCUAAACCUGCAUUAAAGGGCUGUUCUAUCCCUGCA